UCGAUUCAUGCCGUGCAGAGGAUGUCUUUUCCAGAAUCGAAUACCAGAGGAAACAUAAAAGUUUUCAGCGUUAACGCCAUGGCACCAAAUCUGUUUGGCAAUUCGGCGACGCUGUUUCUGGAGGCAACGCAGCAAGCAGCCAAGAAAAAAUCCGCGGACAAGGUUGACACUUACACCAAGUCCAAACAAGCCGACACCAGCAAAUACAAAUGGCAAAUCGUGUGGAGAAACGUCAUUGCGUUUAUUUACCUGCACGUCGGCGCUGUCUACGGCCUCUAUUUGUUCUUCACCAAAGCCAAGUUUCUUACUUUCCUCUGGACCAUCGGUCUGGCCGCGUCGUGCGCCGUGGGAAUCACAGCGGGAGCUCAUAGAUUGUGGUGUCACAGAUCGUAUAAGGCCAAAUGGCCACUGAGGAUCAUCUUGAUGCUUGCUCAAACCGUUGCCUUCCAGAACCAUUUGUUCGAGUGGGUGCGAGAUCAUCGCGUGCAUCACAAAUUCACCGACACGAACGCCGACCCACACAACGCCAAACGAGGAUUUUUCUUCUCGCACAUGGGCUGGCUGCUCGUUCGCAAGCAUCCCGAUGUCGCUUUGAAGGGCGCUAGCGUUGACAUGAGCGACCUCGAAGCAGAUCCGAUUGUCGUUUGGCAGCGAAGGCUUUACAUCAUUAUGAUGCCAAUAUUCGCCUUUUUUCUGCCUUCGUGGAUACCCUGCUACUUUUGGGGAGAGAACGGCAUGAACGCCUGGUACGCGACCUUGUUUAGAUACACGGCAUCGCUCCAUGCCACGUGGUUGGUCAACUCGGCCGCGCACGUCUACGGCACGAGACCUUACGACGACACGAUCAGCGCCACCGACAACAUCCGCGUAGCCUUGGGCGCUUUCGGCGAAGGCUGGCACAACUACCAUCACGUGUUCCCGUGGGACUACAAAGCAGCCGAGUUGGGCAACUACCGUGCCAAUUUCACCACGGCUUUCAUCGACUUCUGGGCGUGGGUGGGCUGGGCGUACGACUUGAAGACCGUGCCGCUCGAAAUGAUCGAGAGCAGAGCGGCGCGCACCGGCGACGGCACGCGAUGCAAGCAGAACUGGCAGGACGACGACCAUCACGAGGAUGCUAUCUGGGGGUGGGGCGACAAAGACAUGCACCACGAGGACGAACUAAACGUCAGCGCGGUCAAAUUGAAUUUACGUGAUCAUGACAAAUACUAUGAUGUCGAAAUAAAAAAAAGUUAUUCCAUUGAUAAAAAUGAAGUUUACAUCGUGGAACCAACAGAGGAAUUGAGGGUCGGCACCUACGACCUUCAAUUAUCAUUUUCUGGAUCAUUACAGGAUAAAAUCGUUGGAUUUUAUUCAAGUAAAUACAAAGAUGAAAUAAACGAAACGAGAACGAUUGCAACUUCGAAAUUUGAACCUACAUAUGCCAGGAGAUCUUUCCCAUGUUUUGAUGAACCAGGAUUAAAAGCAGAAUUUACAAUUAAGCUCGUUCAUCCCAGCAAUGAUGGUUAUGGCGCUUUGUCUAACAUGAACGUUAAGGCUAUCGACCCAAGUAGUCCAAAGCAAGGAUUGACUACAGUAACGUUCGCAAAAAGUGUACCAAUGUCGACGUACCUGGCUUGCUUCAUUGUCAGUGAUUUCGUGGCCAUGAAAAAAGAAGCUAAAGGACUUAAUGGACAAACUUUUCCCAUCAGUGUAUACACCACAAAAGCUCAGAAACAGAAAGGAUCGUUUGCCCUGGACGUUGGUGUUAAAGUUAUAGAGUUUUACGUGAAUUUAUUCAACAUUGAUUAUCCAUUACCAAAACUUGAUAUGGCUGCUAUCCCAGAUUUUGUUUCUGGUGCAAUGGAAAACUGGGGUUUAGUAACUUACAGAGAAUCUAGACUGCUGUAUGAUAAUUUAACUACGUCAACUUCAAAUAAAGAAGACAUCGCGUCAGUCGUGGGACAUGAGUUUGCUCACAUGUGGUUUGGAAAUUUAGUAACUAUGGCUUGGUGGAAUGAUCUGUGGUUAAAUGAAGGUUUUGCAACAUACAUGUCAUUCAAGAGUGUCAAUGCAAUAUUUCCAGAAUGGAAUUACAUGGACCAAUUUGCUAUUAAUGAACUUCACCGUGCUUUUGCUACUGAUGCAAAACUAAGCUCACAUCCUAUUGUACAGACUGUUAAUAAUCCUGAUGAAAUUACUGCGAUAUUCGACGUUAUUUCAUAUCAGAAGGGAGCAUCAGUUCUCAGAAUGUUAGAAAAUUUCGUUGGCACUGAUAUUUUUUACAAUUCAGUAACGAAAUACCUCAAAAAACAUGCUUACCAAAACGCUGAAACUAUGAGUCUGUUUGAAAUCAUCCAAGAAACAAUUGGAAGCAAAAUAAAUAUCGCUUCAAUCAUGGAUACAUGGACUAGACAAAUGGGCUUUCCAGUAGUUGACGUAACUAAACACAAGAAUAUGUACGUCUUAACACAAAAAAGAUUCUUAGCUAAAGCAAAUACUACAUUCGAUCCAUCAGAAUCACCAUAUGGCUACAAGUGGAUUAUUCCAAUUACGUUUACUACGAGUAAAAAUUCCGAACCCACGUUAAUAUGGUUCGAUAAAGAUGCAAAUAACUUGGUAAUCAACUUGGAUGAACCUGUCGACUGGAUUAAAUUCAAUCAUGAUCAGAUUGGCUAUUAUCGUGUGAAUUACGAAAGAUCUGAAUGGGAAAGUAUAUUGAAUGUUCUACGUUGGAGUCACAAGCGAUUUUCUACUCAAGACAGAACUCAUCUACUCGAGGACGCCUUCAGUUUAGCUUAUGCAGGGGAGCUUGAUUAUAUUAUAGCAAUGAAUAUGACACUUUAUCUAGGCAGCGAAAAAAAUUUCUCUCCUUGGUCUGUGGCGUCGGAUAAGCUCAAAGCUAUCGACACCCUCUUAUCAUCCACACCCACCUCAGCCAAAUUCCGGGAAUAUGUAAGAGAACUCGUUGACGGAACUUAUCACGACGUUACGUGGAAUGUUGAUCAGUCGGAAGAUCAUGAUAUAUUAAAUCUGAGGAACUAUGUGUUGGGAUUGGCAUGUUCAGUGGGUCACGUCGAGUGCUUGGAUGAAGCUGGCGUUAUAUUCAAGAGUUGGAUCAAUGACCAAAAGGACCGUCGUCCGCACCCAGACAUUCGGACUCUUGUAUAUUACUACGGAAUGAGUCACAUUGGAGGUGAAGCCGAAUGGGAUGUAAUGUUUCAAAGAUUCACCAAAGAAGGAAAUGCUGCAGAGAAAAAUAAGCUCAUGCUUGGAUUAGCAGGAGUUCGUUCUAAAUUCAUUUUAGAAAAAUAUAUCAAUUUAGCAAUGGAUGAGAACUAUGUACGUUCGCAAGAUGCCCUGAGCUGUCUACAAAGUAUUUCCAAUAAUCCCGAAGGAACGCACCUUGUAUGGGAUUGGGUUCGCAACAAUUGGGAAUUACUCGUCAAACGGUACACGUUGAAUGAUCGCUACUUAGGUCAAUUAAUACCAGGCAUCACUCGGAAAUUCGCAACGAAAAUCAAGCUCGAAGAGAUUCAAGCAUUCUUCGAGAAAUAUCCCGAGUCUGGCGCUGGCGCUACUUACAGGAAACAAGCUCUUGAAACCGUUGAGACUAAUAUUAAAUGGCUCGAAAGUAACGUUGCAGCAAUUGAUCGAUGGUUGGAUUCCAGGCCCGAGCCCAAGCAUGUGAGCAAAAAAUAAAGUACCUUUAAGUGCUUCUCUACGUCUUUUCGACCUUGCGAGCAGAUUGUAUUUACUUUUUAUAAACUUGUUUGAUGAAAAAAUGAUUGAUGAAUAAAUAUUGAUUAAUG